UAGUUUGGCAAACAGGCAAAGUAUAGUAAUAUUAGGGGUGACCGGAAAACCAAUUUGCAGCAGAAGAGAAACGGAAAAAACAAGGCCUUAUUGUAAGAAUUGAGAGUUCAAUAUACAAAUACAACAAGGCAAUACCAGGUUUGAUAGCCACAGAACAGAAAACAGCACCCUCUUCCCUAGCUAGCUAGCUAGCUAGCUCCUACUCGAUUCUCUUUCUCUCAACUGAAUUUUCCUUCACCGUAAUAGCAGCUAGCUACUAACACUAAGUCACUAAUAAUAAGUAAUAACCAUAACCAUACUCUACGCUUUGGUUGUAGUUAGUUAGUUAAUUAGUUAGUUAGUUAGAAUUGUUUGUUUCUUUUAACUCUAACGGCAUAUGGCAUACCAUAACCACCACCUGUCUCAAGACCUUUCACCACUUCACCACCAACAUUUCAGUGACCAACAGCAACCUCAACCGCUCUCAGAUAACACUGCUAUACUUUCCGACCACCUCUCCCCCACUGACCCCACCGCCAAAUCCCCCUCCGAUCCUCACCCCAACUGGCUCAACAACGCCCUUCUCCGCACCCACUACACCAACAACGACACCAACGCCACCAAUUUUCUCAACCUCCACACCGCCGCCUCUGCUUCCGACUCCUCCGCCGCAGCCGCCGCAGCUGCUUCACAAUCCUCCGCUCAGUGGCUCGCCCGCCCUGUCCUCCACCGCAACCACAGCGAGGUCAUCGACGACGUCGCCCCCCUGUCCAACAACGAAUCGCCUGAUAUGAAGGUUGCCGGCGACGGCAAGGGGGAGGUGGCGACUGUGGAGAGCGGCGGCGAGGGCGGAGGUGGGUUGGUGAACUGGCAGAAUGCUCGGUACAAGGCGGAGAUUCUGUCACACCCGCUUUACGAGCAGCUUCUGUCGGCACACGUGGCGUGCCUGCGGAUCGCCACGCCGGUGGACCAGUUACCGAGGAUCGACGCUCAGUUGGCUCAGUCCCAGAAUGUGGUGGCCAAGUACUCUUCCUUCGCUCACGCUCCUCUCGGCGAUGACAAAGAGCUCGACCAGUUCUUGUCACACUAUGUUUUGUUGCUCUGUUCCUUCAAAGAACAACUCCAACAACAUGUUCGUGUCCAUGCAAUGGAAGCAGUAAUGGCUUGCUGGGAGAUUGAGCAAUCCUUACAAAGUCUAACAGGAGUUUCGCCAGGGGAAGGUACCGGAGCAACAAUGUCCGAUGAUGAAGAUGACCAAGUAGACAGUGAUGCCAAUCUGUUUGAUGGUGGUUUGGAUGGUUCCGAUAGCAUGGGAUUUGGCCCUCUUGUUCCAACAGAGAAUGAGAGAUCCCUUAUGGAACGUGUAAGACAUGAAUUGAAGCAUGAACUGAAACAGGGUUAUAAGGAUAAAAUUGUGGACAUAAGAGAGGAAAUUUUGCGCAAAAGACGAGCCGGGAAACUUCCCGGUGACACCACCUCUGUUCUUAAAGCAUGGUGGCAAUCACAUUCCAAGUGGCCUUACCCUACAGAGGAAGAUAAGGCAAGGUUGGUGCAGGAAACAGGAUUGCAAUUGAAGCAGAUCAAUAAUUGGUUCAUCAACCAAAGGAAGAGGAACUGGCACAGUAAUCCUUCAACUUCUACUUCCUUGAAGAGCAAGCGCAAAAGGUGAUAAUAGUGCUGAAUGAUACAUGUAAAUGGAGGGAAACUGAGGAAUCAAUCAUUGGCUAUGUACUGUGUUAGUGCAUGGCAAUGGAUUCAAGGAAAGGCAAUCACUUUUGGCUGCUUCUGAUCAUGGAACAUCUAUGUUUGUUUACACUAUAAGGAGCAAAUAUUGGAGGCCUUCAGCACCUUUGAAGCAUGAAAAUUAGGGAGCUCAAUUAGGAACUAUACAGCGACAUAUAUGAUUUCUAAUCACAAUUUAAUGACUUUGAAUUAUAUAUAGUAAUGGGUCGGGAUUAUAGGGGUACAGUAAUAAUCUGUGCAUUUUGAUCUUUGAAGUUGGUAUUUCGUUCCUAUAUGUGAAGGUCAUUUUCUUGCAGAAAAUGAUAUAUAGUUAUUAUAUACUAUAUAGUACGUAUUUACUUUAAUUUUUAUACCUAAAUGAUGAUAGAUGCCCAGAUGGUAUGGGUUUCGCA